AAGAGGGACAUAAAAUCUGACAGUCGCUACACAACUUUGCAAUAGUUUCACACAAGUUAAAGGAAGAGGAUAACUAGUGUUGAACCUCAGAUUAAUCAGACAUGAGUGGAUGAACCCUGUGAAUUAUAAUCUUGAAAAGUGCCAAGAGAAGACACAAAAGCGUCACAGCAAGUCAAAGGUUAGAGAGCCUUGGAUUGCGUCGUGAAAUGCUGACCCUCGUAAUGGCUCUGUGUCUGUAAGGAUCAUUUCAUCAGUCCAUGAUGGGAUUUUAGAAUGUAGCAUCGCAAGAGUUUUUUUUCCCCCAGUGUAACUCAGUUCCAUUGCCAGUGAAUUUAAAAUGGGGACUAGCAACUCCAGAAUAAAGAUUUGCAAAGUCACACCAAAAGAGGAACAGCCUUUCCAUCAAGCAGUCUCACCAAGGAUGAUCACUGCUGCGCACCGUUUACCACAACACCAGCAGGGAAUUCUAGGACACCGGCAGAUCAGCCAGCUGCCACCGCUCAAGCAGCAUGCACCUCAAAUUAUUUCUUCACCACCAGACUCCCAAAAUGUAUAUGCUAAACCAAUCCACAGCAUCAUCAAGUCUCAUCCACCACAAAGAGCAAAGGCUUGGCAACCAAUACCAUGCCCAGUGGAGCCACCAGCAGCGUCUAAUACAUCUACAAACCAUGUUCCUAUGGGUUUACGUAUUGCCCAGAGAAAUAAGGGAGGGUUCCUGCCAGCACAGACACUCCUAAUUGGUGAAAGAACCAAGAAGCGUCAAUCCCAUCAGCAGCACCUUUGGGAGCAGCAAAGAAUUUAUACUUCCACUGUUGAAGGAGCUGGUAAUUUGCAAAUAGAAAGAAUCAGACUGGUGUCCAGGCCAACCCAAAGAGACAUCUUCUGGGACGAGACAAAAGGACAGAAUCUGGACUUCAGGGAGCUUCUGCAGCCAAGUCCUCCACUGAGGCCAAAGCCAGACUCAGGAAUGGAAGAAAUAACAAAAUCAGAAAUUGGAUUGAAGGGUAAUUUCUCCAAGGACUUGAAUGAAAGUGUAACAAAAUCACCAGAGAGAAUAACACAGCAGAAUUUACCUUGGCUUGAGGACUUUCAAAAGAAUGAGCAAAAACAUUUACACUCUUGGGAUGUACUGGAGGGCCAGUGGGGAUGCAAACUGUGGCUAGACGUGCCUUGGGAACGCCGGGAAAAGGAAGAGAGGGAAAUGGGUAGGAAUACUUCGGGUCAGGUAAACUCUGUUCACCAGAAAUGGAGCGGUUGGGACAAAGAGACAUAGCAUAGAUAUUGAUGUGGAUAUCCUUGACUAACUCCUUUGCUUUUAAGCUGAUGAUUCAAUAUAUAUAUGGAGUCCCAGGAAUAGACACACUAAUUGUAAUGUGUCUGGCUUUGAAGGCAUAUAUAUAUAUAUAUAUAUAUAUAUAUAUAUAUAUAAUGUGUGUGUGUGACAGAAAUAGUUUGCCCAAGGUGGUGUUUUUAAUCUGAACACUGCUGUUUAAUAAAUGCAUUUGCUAGUGCAAAUACAUUAAGCUAGUCAAGUGGUGUGCUAAAGUCCAUUUGUGUUGUGAGAAUGUGACCAGUGUUUAAUGUUUAACUCUCCUUUAUUUCCAGGCAAAUGAUUAAUCAUUUUUAAUCAUUGAUUGUUCCAUAUAACAUGAUUGGCAGUAAUGCCAAAACAUCACAAACCAAUUAAAAAUGAAAUGUUCUCCGAGGAAAGGCUUUAAUCUAAAAAUAAACCGAAAUGUGAGUUGAUACAU